AUGGAGUCGAAAUAUGUCACGCUCGUAGCGGGCGAUGGCUUCGAGUUUGUGGUUCUCCGCGAGGCGACGAUGGUGAGCCCCAUAAUCAAGGGCAUGCUUGACCCGAGGAGCGGCUUUGUCGAGGCCAAGACUGCCCGAUGCGUCUUUCAAGAGAUAAGUGCCGUGGUCCUUGACAAGGUUGUCGAGUACUUCCAUUACUGGUACCGCUACAGAGACAGUGACGACGUUCCCGACAUUGACAUCCCCGUCGAGAUCUGCUUGGAACUGCUCGCCGCUGCGGACUACCUUGGUCUGGACCAGACCAGUGUUGCUACAAAGUAA